GGGGUCCAGUCAGCUGGGCGUGCUGUGGGGUGCGGGAGCUGCAACGGCGCAGAGUCAACCCCGGCGGCCGCCAUGCCCGGCAUCGACAAGCUCCCCAUCGAGGAGACGCUGGAAGACAGCCCCCAGACCCGGUCUUUGCUGGGAGUAUUUGAAGAAGAUGCUGCUGCAAUUUCCAAUUACAUCAAUCAGUUAUUUCAAGCCAUGCACAGAAUAUAUGAUGCACAGAAUGAAUUAAGUGCAGCAACUCAUCUGACUUCAAAGCUUCUGAAGGAAUAUGAGAAACAGCGUUUUCCACUAGGGGGAGAUGAUGAAGUUAUGACUUCCACUUUACAGCAAUUUGCAAAAGUGAUAGAUGAGCUCAGCUCUUGCCAUGCAGUACUUUCAACUCAACUUGCGGAUGCAAUGAUGUUUCCUAUUAGCCAGUUUAAAGAAAGGGAUCUAAAAGAGAUAUUAACUCUAAAAGAAGUUUUCCAAAUUGCAAGCAAUGACCAUGAUGCUGCCAUUACCAGAUACAGUCGGUUGUCAAAAAGAAGGGAAAAUGAAAAGAUCAAGGCUGAAGUUACAGAAGAUGUAUAUACUUCCAGGAAAAAACAGCAUCAGACUAUGAUGCAUUAUUUCUGUGCAUUAAAUACUCUUCAGUACAAAAAGAAAAUUGCUAUGCUAGAACCCUUGCUAGGAUACAUGCAAGCUCAGAUAAGUUUUUUUAAAAUGGGUUCAGAAAAUCUUACUGAGCAAUUGGAAGAAUUUUUGACCAAUAUUGGCACAAGUGUACAGAAUGUUCGCAGGGAAAUGGAGUGUGAAGUAGAAAACAUGCAACAAACUAUAGAAGACUUGGAAGUAGCUAGUGAUCCACUGUAUUUGCCUGAUCCUGAUACUACGAAAUUUCCUGUUCAUAGAAAUCUAACACGGAAAGCUGGCUAUCUCAAUGCAAGAAAUAAGACAGGGCUGGUAUCUUCCAGUUGGGAGAGACAAUUUUACUUCACUCAAGGUGGAAAUCUGAUGAGCCAGGCAAGAGGCGAUGUAGCUGGGGGACUUGUCAUGGAUAUAGACAAUUGUUCUGUAAUGGCUGUGGACUGUGAAGACAGACGGUACUGUUUUCAGAUAACAUCUUUUGAUGGCAAAAAGUCGUCAAUCUUACAGGCAGAGAGUAAAAAAGAUUAUGAAGAGUGGAUAUGCACCAUAAACAACAUAUCUAAGCAGAUAUAUCUAAGUGAAAACCCUGAGGAAAUUGCUGCACGUGUAAAUCAGUCAGCUCUGGAGGCUGUUACUCCAUCUCCUUCCUUUCAGCAGAGGCAUGAGAGCAUGCGGCCAACUGUACAAUCUCGUCCUCCUGCAGCUCGUACUAGCAGCACAGGGUCACUGGGAUCUGAAUCAGCAGCUUUAUUCGCACUUUCCUUGGAUUCACUUGUUGCCCCUGACACUCCUAUACAGUUUGACAUAAUAUCUCCAGUUAGUGAAGAUCUGCCUGGUCAAGCAAAAUCUUCAGGGCAGUCGGGCAGACGCACAAAUCCUUUUGGUGAAUCUGGAGGCUCAAAAUCUGAAACAGAAGAUUUGAUUCUUCAUCAGUUAUUUAUUGUAAGAUUUCUUGGCUCUAUGGAGGUGAAGUCUGAUGAAAGUCCAGAUGUUGUUUAUGAAACCAUGCGUCAAAUACUAGCAGCUCGUGCCAUCCAUAACAUUUUCAGGAUGACAGAAUCACAUUUAUUAGUCACUUGCGACUGUUUAAAGUUAAUUGAUCCACAGACACAAGUUACAAGACUACGAUUUCCUUUGCCCAGUGUAGUCUUGUAUGCUACGCACCAGGAGAAUAAGCGCCUUUUUGGAUUUGUGCUUAGAACUUCAGGAGGGAGAGUCGAGAGCCGCCAAACUUCCGUCUGCUAUAUAUUUGAAUCAAAUAAUGAAGGGGAAAAGAUUUGUGACUCUGUUGGACUGGCAAAACAGAUAGCUUUUCAUGCAGAACUGGAUCGAAAAGCAUCAGAAAAGCAAAAAGAAAUAGAUAGAGUCAAAGAGAAACAACAAAAAGAACUGAAUAAACAAAAACAAAUUGAAAAGGACUUAGAGGAGCAAAGCCGGUUGAUCGCUGCUUCCAGCAGAUCGAACCAGAGCAGUGGAGAAGGACAAUUUGUAGUCCUUAGCAGUAGCCAGUCGGAAGACAGUGAUUUAGGAGAAGAUGGAAAGAAGAAGAGAGAAUCUGAAGCCUAAGAUUGUCUACUUUAUUAAAAUUGGAAUCGUGGCUAUCCCUGGUGAAAUGGCACAAGUUCUACAAGAAGUGAAAUGUAGGUGGAGGGUCUGUUGUAUUAUAUAAAAGACUUCACAAUAUGU